GAUCAAGCGGUCGAUACAUUCAUAUUUGUAUACUGAUCCUUACGAGCCAAUUGUGCAUGGAACUUUUGACAACCAACCCGAACAUUUUUAUAUACCUGAAAUGGUUAAAAUACAAAUUAUAAAAGAUUUUUUUGCUGAAAUAAUGGCUGGAAGUUGUGGGUUUGGACACCCAGAUUAUGAUGGAUUUUUGUCAUAUUAA